CGAAAUCCCUCCCACACACAAACCUGUCAGAAUCCUUUGAAAAACAUAAACAACCAGAACGCGUCGCAAAAAAAGUGUAAAAUUCCUCAAAACAAUGUUCUCCUUCUUCAAGAGCAAGAAACACAGCCCGGACCACACCCCAGCGGAACCGGCCAUCCCGGGCCCCGUUCCGCCGGCCCCCAAGGAGGACGACUUCAUCUUCAUCGAGCGCAGACAAGGAUCUUCCCCGAUCACAGACGGAGGGUCACCUUCCCACUUUGGCAAUGGCAGCAGCAGCAUCUAUCCGGCGAUUCCGGGCAGCCCGAUGGUGGGUGGUGCGUCGCGACCAUCGUCCACGCCGGCCACUCCGGUGGCGCGUCAAAAGAGUGAGGAACGGGUGCCAUACCUGAGCGGAGUGCCGUUCAAACUUUCGCCGGAGCUCGCCAAGGACAACGGGCAGGAAAUUACGCAGUACCAGGUUAACGAGAUAAUGGCAUUCAUCGGGAAGGCGGGUCGGUCGCACGCCAUGGAGUACGAUUUCAGCCUGGAGAGGAGCGUUCUGUCGGAGGGGUAGGGCCGUAUAUAAGGAUGGGUUGAACGAAAAGCUUUAGUUAGGUCUAAUUCAUGGUUUGGUGUCGAGAGGGAAGUCCUAAAUUAUUUACAUGAAAACUAUGAUAUCGUUCGUCAUAAACAAUUAAGCCAUAAUUACAAUAAAAUACUGGAAGGUCUUCGUUGAUUGCUUGAAAAGUUAAUAAUUAAACUGUAAAAAAAUGAAGAACUAUUGAAAAAUGUAUCGCGAACAAGUGUUUCAUCAACUAGC